GCAUCAAUAGAGGCGAUUGAGAAACGGCGAGAGAAAUCAUCACCUGUCGAUUGCGCUCAUGUAUUUCUCCUGCGCUCCCAUUAAUCUCCACACACCACUUUCAUAACACUCACACCCUAUCGUUUAGUCGCUGUCGAGUCGGUCAGGACGAUCAAAGCAAAAUUGAGCAGUUUUAAUCUCUGCGCAAACGGGAGGGUUUUGAAUGUGCGUUGAAGCCUCGCAGCAGAACAAAUGUAAACAAGCAACCCAUCAGCUGUGCGGUUGAAGACGCGCAAAGAAAUGGAGUGAUGACAGCGACCCGCACGGUUUGACAAACACCUCCUGCAUCAUCUAAAGCUAAAUUAGACAUUUAUUUACAUGCGGUAGAGCUUUUUUGGGGGGCGUUAGGGCAGUGUACGAGGACAACUCCCAACACAUCGUCUUUCCCCUCCAUUGCGGCCAGCAGCAAAUACAGAACGAACGAGUUGUUGCUGCUUGUAAAGGUAAUAUAUUUAGUUUGUUUUUAAUUCAGUUUGAAUACUGUAUAACUUUACGCCUGACAGGAAAAGCAACAGGAUUCAAGAAAUAACAGGGGGGAAAUAAGGUUAACAGUCCCUCCUGGGCCCCAAGGAAUUGAUAAAUAUUAGCAACGUAUUAAUAUUUACAUGAAGCUGGAAGUUUAAAGGCACUCAGACGUCACAUUUCCCGAGGAGCAGCUCAGCACGGCUGAAGGAUCAGGGCUGUCAUGGCACACCAGCAGAUGCCGAGCUCUCAGAAGGCUCUGAUGCUGGAGCUGAAGUCCCUGCAGGAGGAGCCAGUGGAAGGUUUCCGCAUCACUCUGGUGGAGGAGUCGGACCUCUACAACUGGGAAGUGGCCAUCUUUGGCCCUCCAAACACACUUUAUGAAGGCGGCUACUUCAAGGCCCAUAUAAAGUUUCCUAUCGACUACCCUUACUCUCCUCCAACCUUUCGGUUUCUCACCAAGAUGUGGCAUCCGAAUAUAUAUGAGAAUGGCGAUGUGUGUAUUUCUAUCCUCCAUCCACCUGUUGAUGACCCUCAGAGUGGAGAACUGCCCUCAGAGAGAUGGAACCCGACACAGAAUGUCAGAACAAUCCUGUUGAGCGUGAUCUCGCUGCUGAACGAACCCAACACCUUUUCUCCUGCAAAUGUGGACGCCUCAGUCAUGUUUCGCAAGUGGAGGGACAGCAAAGGCAAGGACAAGGAAUACGCAGAGAUUAUAAGGAAGCAGGUGGUGUCCACUAAGGCAGAUGCAGAACGAGAUGGAGUAAAAGUGCCGACGACGCUAGCGGAGUACUGCAUCCAGACCAAAGUGCCUUCCCACGGCAGUACAUCUGACCUGCUCUACGACGAUCUGUACGAUGACGACAUCGAGGAGGAUGAUGACGACGAGGACGAGGCAGAAGCCGGAGGGAUUAGCAGCGAAAUGGCAGGGGACUGUUUUGGCGACGAAGAAGACUCUGGCAACGAGGAGUCUUGACCUCCUUCCCCAUGUUUCUGUGACACUGACCUUCACCCACUCACUAUUCUUUUCCCCGACGGCCUCAUGUUUCAGAUUCUCUUUCUCUUUUUUCACUGUUCACCCAAAAUCUGACAACUUCCUCAGUAAAGUACUCUAUGGGUUCAUAAAA